CAGCCCUCAAUCCCUAGUUUUGAUGGUCAUCACUACGACCAUUGGAGUAUGUUGAUGGAGAAUUUUCUCUGGUCCAAAGAGUAUUGGACUGUUGUUGAAGCUGAAGUUCCAGAACCAACGACAUGUGCAAAUGAUGCACAGAGGGUAAACAUUGAGAAGGAAAAAUUGAAGGAUCUCGAGGUUAAGAACUAUUUGUUCCAAGCUAUAGAUUGGGCUAUCUUGGAAACAAUUCUUAACAAGUCUACUUCCAAGAAUAUUUGGGAUUCCAUGAAGAAGAAGUACCAGGGGAAUGAAAGAGUAAGGCGGCAACAGCGCCAAGCUUCGUGGGCGGAAUUCGAAGUUCUGCAAAUGCAAAUUGGUGAAUUUGUAGAUGAUUAUUUUGCAAGGACAAUGGCUAUUGUAAACAAGAUGAGGAUCCAUGGUGAAAAUCUGGAGGAUGUUGCCAUAGUUGAGAAAAUCCUUCUGUCUAUGACAACAAAAUUCAAUUAUGUUGUUUGCUCAAUUGAGGAGUCAAAUAAUAUUGAGGCUCGUUCCCUUGAUGAGUUACAGAACUCAUUAUUAGUUCAUGAGCAGAAGAUAAAUCACCAAGACAAGCAAGAGCAAGCAGUGCAGAUUUCGCAAACACAAGUCUUGCAUACCACAGUUAGGGCUGUAGGUCGAGGAAAAGAAAACUGGAAAGGUAGACCAAGAUCUGACAGAUUGGAGGAAAGUUCAGCCACUGAAAUUCAGAAGAGAAAUGAUCAAGCUGCAGAUAACAAAUCCAAAUCUGCAAGAAAGGGAAAUAUUGAAUGCUUCAGAAGUCAUAAGUAUGGCCAUUAUCGUUUUGAGUGCCGUGCUAAUCUGAAUAGAGGAGAAAGUUCUAAUUUUGCAGAACACAACAAGAAGAAUGAUGAUUCCUCUCUAUUCAUGGUAGAUUACAAAUUGCAGAUCUCUGAGCUCAAAGCUGCCACCAACAACUUUGAUGAUGAUUUGAAAAUCGGUAAACAUUUUUUUGGCCCAGUGUACAAAGGCCUCAUUGAUGGCGGCUCCUGGGUUGUCGCUGUCAAACGCUUGGAUAGAUCAUCCCUAGGAGGAACUGAAGAGUUCCGAAACGAGGCACAGUUACUUUGCCAGCUGCGCCACCAGAAUCUUGUCUCUUUCCUCGGGUUUUGUCACGAGAAGGCGGAGACUAGAGAUAUGCAUUGGGGCAGCGGUGCAAAGUAUGCAAUAAUUCACCGCGGUGUCAAGCCUUCUACUAUUCUUUUGGACGAAAAUUGGGAUGCAAAGCUUUCAGAUUUUGGGUUUUCCAUGAUUGGUCCCUCUAGCAUCUCAAAGCCUAAGCCCAACGCUUUGACAAAAACACACUCAAGAAUUUAUGGUACAUACGGAUAUAUAGCUCCAGAGUACGCGAGUGAAGGUGAAUUCAGUGUAAAAAUUGAUGUGUACGCGCUAGCACCGGUGUCUUUGAUAGAAUUUGUGGAGAUCGCUCUCAAUUGUGUAUAUGCAGAUCCAAAUGAACGGCCUUCAAUGGGAGAAGUUGAGGUAACCUUAGAACUUGCAUUGGAGCUGCAGGAGAAAGCCGACUUGGUUAUCAAGGCUGAGAAUCCACAUGCUGUCUAUGCCUACGAAGAUGUAUCAUUUCGUUUUUCUGUUGAAAAAAUCUGGCUAGUCAACUGUGAUGGUAGUGAAUCGGAUGCAGGAUUAGGGAUGUCAACGGAACCCCGCGGGGUCGAGAAGUCUCUCCCCAUCCCUGUCCCUGCGAAUAACGGGGACGAAAAUCUCCGCGGAGAUUUUUUGAUAGGGGAUCCUCGCGAUGUCCCACGAGGCGGGAAAAAUUCCCCACAAAAUUUCACAGGGGGAAAAUGUCCUCGAUCCUCGCCCCACUUGGAGAAAUAUUCCUCCCCACUCCAUCUCUGUGAUGGGAUCCCCGCGGAACCUCACAGAGAUCGGGACAAAUUGCCAUCCCUACAUAGGAUCAAUCUCGGAUGCAGAAUUGGUCUCCGAUGGAGAAGCGGUCUCUGUUGCCGAAUCAUAAAUUGAUAGAGAUGAGUUUGGAAGGGGGAGUCUUCCUGUAAAAUCAAUAUUAAUUUUUAUU